GAAACACGUAAAGUAUAAAAAUCUAUAAACCCUAAACCCUAAUCAUUUAUUUGACGCUAUUCUGGUUCCUCAAAUCUCAUAUCCUCUUGAGUUCUCUCAGUCUCUGUUGAUUGUUCCCGGCGAAUUCCCGGCGGGAUCCGAUCUCUUACCUCGACCGUCCUAAGUUUGUCGCAAUCUCACAGGUUUUUCAGAGUUUGAGAAUGGGCGGUCUCAGGAAACUGAGGAUCAAGUUUCGUUCCGAAGGUGCUGAGAGAAGUUUCCAUAAAGUGGCGAUUAUCAAUGGCUGCAGCCAUAAGGAGAAGAAAACUGAGCAGCCAGCCGGUGAAGAUAUCUCUAGCGCCAAUCGCUCGAGAAAGCGUGGACCCGAGGAACUAGAUGAGUUUCAGACAAGGAAGAAGCAGAAACUUGUCCGCAAUGUGUUUCAUCAGUGUUCUUUGCUGCUGAAAUCAAUCAAGGAGCACCGAUUUGGAUGGGUUUUUGCUAAACCCGUGGAUCCUGUUAAACUGAAUAUUCCCGAUUACUUCUCUGUCAUACCCAAGCCAAUGGAUUUCAGUACGAUUGAAUGCAAACUUGCGAAGAACGGGUACAAUAGCAAAGAAGAGUUUGCGGCUGAUGUCAGAUUAACCUUCUCCAAUGCAAUGCUGUAUAAUCCUCCAGAGAAUAUGGUUCACCGGAUGGCGAAGGAGCUAAAUGAGAUUUUUGCGCUCAGAUGGAAAUUACUGCAGAGGAAACGCAAUACCAAAUUGUUUGAGGUUGAAGUUGAUAGUCCAGGACAGAGCAGACAUCAAACAGUGGCAUCCCCUAGAAUCUCUCCUGUCUCGUCGUCGAAGCCAGUGGAAGAGAAAGCCAGAAAGGUUCCUCUUUUGUCGAAGCUGGUGGAAGAGAAGGCCAAAAAGGCUUCUCACUCUGUAAGUCCAACAGACAUAGCAACUAAGAAGCCGGAUCAGGGCCAGUUUGCAACCAGAUUGAUUGUGGAGCAUCAGAGCAAAGUUGCCAAUGGUUGUGGGCAACAUGAUCUUGCAAAUGGAGCCCCGAAUUUUUCUGCCCGGAAAUGUGGUUCAUGUGGCAAUACUGCUUGCAUUUGCCUCAAGAUCAGUACCCCUUCAAAGAAUUGUCCAGAGCUAGAUAACACUUUGGCGAGAUCCUGCAGAGAUAAAGAAAGUGAAGCUUUUUCGGUAGCGGAAUGUCAGGAAAAAAGCACUUCAGAUUCACAGCCUAGCAAGUCAGAUCCACAUUCUGAUGGAUGGGUGAGUUCAAUGGAGGAGGAAAAUGGUUGCCAAAGUUCUCAGCUUCAGAAACCUUCAGACGGCCUUUCAUCGGACAUAGAUUUGAAGACUACAACCGAUGGUGCGCCCUUAUCUCCAAAGGCUCUUCGUGCUGCAAUGCUCAGGUGCCGAUUUUCUGACACCAUCAUGAAAGCCAAACAGAGAAAAGCUCUUGCUAAUGGUUGUAGCAGUACUGAUCUGAUCAAACUACAACAAGAGAGAGAACGGCUAGAAAGAAUGCAGCAGGAAGAGAAGGCAAGAAUGGAAGCAGAGAAAGCAAGAAUCGAAGCAGAGAAAGCGAGAAUCGAAGCAGAUGUGAGAGCAGCCGAGGCUUCUACACGGAAGAAAAAAGAAACGGAGUUGAAGAUGGAGCGUGAGAAGCAGCGGCUUGCUCUACAGAAGAUGGAAGAAGCCGCCAAGAUUGAAGAAGAACACAACCGGAGGGUGGAGAGAGAGAUGGAGAAGCUCAUGAGCUCUACCUUUCCUCGAUUGCUUGAGAAGUUGGGUCUGUUCAUGAAAGAAGACGACAUUGAACCCGACUUGUCUGUUUUGGUUGUUGAUUUAGAAGAGGGGGAGAUUCUUUAGAGUGAACUGUAACAACUCUAUUGCUCGCUCCCACGCAAAAUUUUGAAACAGUAACUCAGUUGAUUACCCUGAUGGAAUAUAUAUGUAUAUACACACACAAUCAUUUGGUCUAUAUAUGUAGAUUUAAAUGUAA